AAAUUUUUUGUGGUUAGUAAUAUUGAAAUCCUCUAAAAAUGAGUUUCGUUGAUAAAGUUGUUCUUGUAAUUGGUGCAAGUUCGGGUAUUGGUGCCUCAACAGCUAUAGGGUUUACAAAAGAAGGUGCUAAAGUUGUGAUUGUGGGUCGAAACGAAGGUAAACUCCAAAUUGUAGCAUCAGAAUGUAAGAAAAACGGUCAUGAUCCACUCGUUAUCAAUGCAGAUAUAUCAAUCGAUGACGACGUAACAAGAAUAGUCCAAGAAACAAUUGAUAAAUACGGUAAAAUUGAUAUUCUUGUCAAUAACGCUGGUAUCGUCCGGUUUGGGUCUAUUUUAACGGGAAAUUUAAUGAACACGUUUGAUGAGAUUAUUAAUACUAAUCUUAGAGGCAUCAUGAAAGUUACAACCCUCGCUUCCCCGCAUAUUAUAAAGACGAAAGGAAACAUCGUGAACAUAUCAAGCGUGGCUGGACAAGCUGUGCCAAAACCUCCUAUAUUUACAUCGUAUGCCAUUAGCAAAGCGGGGUUAGAUGUAUUUACCAAAGCAGCUGCGGUAGAAUUAGCACCUCACGGUGUGAGAGUCAACGCGAUCAGUCCAGGACCAGUCUACACAGAUGUUUUGGAAAACGCGGGCGUCAAAUCGGAUAAAGAAACAUUCGAUGAAAUGAAAACGGCUUUGAAUAGAGUAUCUACUCCGGAAGAAGUAGCUAACAUGAUAAUGUAUUUAUCUGGUGAUAAAUGUAUCGGUGUGACGGGAUCAAACUUCGUACUAGAUAAUGGGAUGUUACUUACAUAAAAUGUAAUCUUCUGUAAGCUAUUAUAUAAUAUGUUAUUUGA